UACUCCAUCCCCUUUUUUUUCCCUUUCUUUAUUCAUUUCUCAUUUCUGCUCCCAAACAUAGUGAUGAUAGUGUGUGUUACCACUCUCCGACUCUGAGUUCAGACCAUAUCUUUCUUGCGAGGUUUUCUCCUCAAUUCACUGCAUCCCGAUCCCAUAUGUAUUGUAUCUUUCCGCACAAGAGAUGAAGGAAAAGAGCAAAUCUUCAUAGUCAUCAUCUGCUAGGUCUCAUGUUGCUUCUGCCUGCACAUCACUUCAUCUGUUCCAAGACCAAUCUGAUCUACUAAUCUGCUGAGAAACAAGAAAAGAAAAAAGGGUUCUUUCCAGGAAAUUUAGUUGGUUUGACUCUUUGUUGAGCAACUUGGAGUUGUAUGAAGAAUGGAGGUCUGAGAGAGAUUAUUAUUACAAAGAGAAAGAUUUCAACGUUGAGUAGGUGGAGGAAUAAAUUAAUAAUAAUUGUUUUAUGUAACUGAUGAUGGGUGUCCAAUCAGUUCUUGGAUUCUAGUCAAUAGCACUCAAUCCUCUCACUGUGGAUCUCUUCUCAACAUAUCUUUGCUGUUUGAGAAGAGAAGAGAAGAGAAGAGAUGCCCCUUUUCUGUAGAGAGAGAGAGAGAGAAUUUUAGAGAGAGCUCUGGCGAACAAGUGGUGGGAGAGAAAUAUAGAUGUGGAAAUGGCGGGUUACGAGCAACAAGGCUCCGGUUCUUCUCGUUAUGUUCAUCAGCUUCUAACCCCAGACCUCCACUUGCAGCACAGGCCUUCUCACCAUAACCCUACUUUAGAACUUGAGCCAUCUGCAGAUUCCAAGGACUCCCCGCAGGAAAAAGACCAGGAAGCCGCCGCCACAACCAGCUCCGGCGGUACUCCUACCACCAACCGCCGCCCCCGAGGCCGACCUCCAGGCUCUAAGAACAAGCCCAAGCCUCCGAUUAUCGUCACGCGUGAUAGUCCCAAUGCACUCCGAUCCCACGUUCUUGAAGUCUCGUCUGGGAAUGACAUCGUCGACAGCGUCUCUGUCUAUGCGAGGCGGCGGGGUAGAGGUGUUUGCGUGCUCAGCGGCAGCGGCACGGUGACGAAUGUGACACUACGGCAACCGGCGGCACCUGCCGGGAGUGUAGUGACGCUGCACGGUCGUUUUGAAAUUCUCUCGCUUUCUGGAACGGUGCUUCCGCCACCUGCCCCACCAGGGGCUGGUGGGCUGUCUAUAUUCUUGUCCGGUGGCCAGGGGCAGGUGGUUGGAGGUAGCGUGGUGGGACCGUUAAUGGCUUCCGGGCCGGUGGUUCUGAUGGCGGCAUCCUUUGCAAAUGCGGUUUUUGAACGCUUACCUCUGGAGGAAGAAGAAGGCGCUACGGCUGCUCAGCCGCAGCCUAGUGCUUCACAGUCUUCCGGCGUCACAGCUGGUGGUGGCCGCGGGGGGCAUGCAAGUGAAGGUGGUGCUGGCGGAGAUGGCAGUGGUGGAGGAGGAGGAGGAGGAGGAGAUGGUGGUGCUCCGUUUUUCACCUCGGCUUGUGGGAGCACGCCGCCACCAGGGAAUUAUCCAUUCUCAGCUGAAUUGUUCGGAUGGGGAAGUGGCAGUUCUGCGAGGCCACCAUUCUGAUGAUUAACAAGAUUUACUGUUUCUUGAUGGUGUUACCUUUAUUUUAUGUGGGAUUUCUCAGCUUUAUUUAUCAGCGAAGAAAAUGAAGGAAAAAUGGGCAAAAUUCUGAUGCAAAUUUGGGGGGAUAUGAAGUAGCAGUUUUCAAGAAAAGAUUAGUCUUCUCUUGAGGUCACAUAUAUACAUCAGUCAGUCAAUUGGAAGUACCUAUAGAUCAAUAGGGAUGAUCAUAUAUAUAUAUAUAUAUCAAGUGCAGCAGAUGAAGAUGAAGCAGUUUUCAAGGUGAGUAAUUAAGUAGGUUGUACUUGAUGCUUAGAUUGUAGUACUAUCUGGACAUGUUUUGCUCAUAUUUCUAUCUGACUUUGAUUUGUAAUUUCUGUUGUAACUUGGCAAGUGCAAUGAUGAUUAUGCACAUUUUGGUAGGAGGACUUUCAAUUUGCUUUCUCAUCUUUGAUGUAUCAAAAUUGACUGUAUUUGCAUGUUUCAUCUUCAUCCUUCAA